CCCAAUCAUCAUGCAGAAUGCCUCGUCCCAUGCAUCCCGAGCAUGGAGCCUACAGGAGGAAGUAGCGCCGAUCGAUCUUGCAUUGCAUUGCAGAAACAUUCAACGAUUGGUGUCUGAAAAAGCAAUCAUUCCCGAUGACCACCAGCUUGAUCUUAUUGAUGAUGAAAUGAGAUUCGAUGAUCUCAAGACCAGCGGGAGUCACGGCCUCUCGUGUGAUCGGUAUUCCGCGUAUUGAUUGUUCGCGGCCUUUUCAAAGCUAAGUUUCAGGAACGUAAACACGGCACACUGCACGCUUAUCUCACUGCAUGACAAACCCCGAUUUCGUGAAGUGGGAUCAAUCGCAAACCAAGAGCUCAGUGCGACAAGUGAAAUGCAGAAACUACAUGUCACCACUUCAGACACGCCGAAGUCCUGAUUGUGAAGACCCCAGGGUCUAGAUCUUGCACGCACACCGUUAUACUGGGUAUCAUGCAGUGGACCCACCGUUCACCCGGCCGGAGACCCCAAAUACAGAAAGAAGAUCUGCAUGUUGUGUGGACUCGGAGACAGUGGGACCAAGAGGCAUCUGCAGUAUCAUCCCGGCCGGCAUAAUUCGGGUCUAUCUCACGGAGACCUUG